GCGGGCCUUGGCCAGAUAAAGACGUCGCAGAUUGUUGUGUUGGUUUACACCACUUGAAGGUGAACAAAACCAGAGAAAACCUCAGCAUCACUCAUCCCCAUGCAGUGAUGUCAGCCUCUCAAGAACAGCAGGCAGAAGAAAGAGAAACAUGUGUCAACCCUGGAAACCCUGUUUUCUCCUGCAUGAUGACUCCAGCGGCUAAAGAUGUCCCUCCAGCGCCCCACAAUCUACUGUACAGGACCACCUCCAGUCAAUAUGGACUUCUCCCUCCAACCUUUGAAAGCUCUCCGUGUACUUUCCACCCAAAAUCACAAAGCUUCUCCAAAGACUUGUGCAAGAGUGGGAUGUAUUGUGACAACUCCUUCAAUACUGCCCUAGACCGAAGCAGGGUGUAUGACUGUCCCAAUUUACAGCACACUGUAUAAAUGCAUGAUUGACUUCUUGAAGUGGUGUUUUUAAUUCAUUAGAAGUUUUAGUUUAGAAGA